CUGUCUCACCCGGGUUAAGUUGUGCUCUUGUCUUUUGUUGUCUGAGCAGCGCACGCGCCUCGCCGACCUGCUCGGGAAAAUACAGAGCUAUAAUAUUAUUUUAUUCCCGUUAGGAAAGCGUUAUUCGUCACGGAAGCAUGUCGGUGGGCAUCGAGUUGGGGUUUUCUAACGACGAGGUGCUGAGCACGCGCUUCCCGUUGCACCGCGCCUGCAGGGACGGAGACGUGCGCGCGCUCAGCUCGCUGCUGCUGCUCCUGCAGCGCCCCGGUGACCGAGCGCAGCUGCAGGCGGAAGACUCCUUCUACGGCUGGACUCCCAUUCACUGGGCAGCACACUUCGGAAAGCUGGAGUGUGUGUUGAGGUUGGUACAGGUGGGCUGUGAGGUGAACGCUGUGACAACGCGCUUUUCUCAGACUCCGGCACAUAUCGCUGCAUUCGGAGGACACCCAGAGUGUCUGGUAUGGCUCUUGCAGGCCGGUGCUGAUAUCAACAGACAGGAUUAUAUGGGUGAAACCCCCAUCCAUAAAGCUGCAAGGGCAGGUAGCAUGGAUUGUAUCAAUGCCCUGUUGUUCUCAGGUGCAAAACCAGAAUUAAGGAACACAAACGGGUUGACUGCGGCCGACCUGGCCCGUGCACAAGGCUUCCACAACUGUGCUCGGCUCCUCUCCAAUGCAGAGAAUCGACUCGAGCACGUAAAUGGGUUUGGCCAUAAUGGAACUGACCUCACCCACAUCCAAGGGCGGAGUCUUUUUAAUGGGAUAACCAAUAGGAAGAGGCUUCAUGAUUGUUCAGAGCCGAAUCACGUCAAGAAAGCAAAAUUUGACGAUGUGGGUUUUCCUGUGAAGACAGUCAGUCCAGUGGAGGAGGAUAUUGAAAGUAUGCAUGUAGAAUCUGCCCCAGACAACCAAUCAGAUGACACCAUAGAAAUAGCCACAGGCUUAAGCAAUGGCCAGAAACAACAGAAGAGUUUUGACACAAAUGGCCAUUGCUACCCACGCCAGCUUGAUGCGACCGAGCUGGACAGCAACAUGUGCGGCUCACUGCACCUCAAUGGCAGCCCCAGCAGCUACAUGUCUCACAGGCCCUUGUGGGCCAUGUUCUCAUCGGACAUCGGCGAUCAUCUGCACUACGGCCACUACCACGGCUUUGGAGACACGGCCGAAGACCUGGAGGAUGCUGGAAGCCAUCACGAGCAUAUUACAACUGUGAAGCUUGAGCAGUACUACAACCAAGAGGUGUUAAAUACUAUGCAGCUGUUUCAUGGCUCAUGAAGGGAUUAGAGCCAGUGUGUUUGUAUAAAAGUGGGCGUAAAGAGCCACCCAGCCGCCUUAAACCUUAACCAGUUUACCCUGACUUUGCUCUUGCACCUUAAAAAGCCCACAGUAAAGGGGGGGAUGUUUUUUUUUUUUUGUUAGGGAAAAAGCCUUUGUACCAAAGGGGUAUUUGUUUUUGUAUCUGACUUUUUGUGAAAUCUUUAUUUCACUGUAUGUUGGAAUAAAAGUUUAACUGAUGAUUAAGUAGAGCAACAGUGGAUGAUGUGUUAACUGGUGCAUUCAGUUUUCCUAUCUCCCCCC